ACACUUUGAACUUUUACACAGAUACGCAUCUUGUGUGUUUUAACAACGACAGAAACUACACCCUUUCCAAGUUACUCAAGUUAGGCCUACUAGUACUACACAGCUACACAAUCACCGAGCAAGGGUCAAUGAUAAGCGUUACAAAGUACCGACCACAGUUAGAAACUCCACCUUAAAUUAAUUGAUACACGAAAACUCAUCAGGGUGGAAGUGGUCUGGAUUCGUGGCAUGAAAAGCUGUACAGGCAACGCUCGUAAACUUGGAAAAUAACUGGACAAUUACUGCCUGAGAAAUUUGAGAAGCCAUUCCGUCUCAGUGGACGCCUGUAGUGCACGGCGUUGUGUCGGUGACUUUCCAGUGACUUCGAGAGAAUCUCGCAAUGGAAAAAGGAAAGGUGAUAGAGCUGGUUGAGCCUCAGAAGGAUUAUUUUCUCUUCUCCAUCAUCUCCAUCUUCUUCUGCCCUGUGUUUGGGAUUCUGGCAGUAUGGAAGUCGGGAAAAACUCGAGACAAAUUGCGUAAGGGCAACGACUGGGAGGCCGAGCUAGCCGCACUGGAUGCCCUGAAAUGGGCCAUGACGGCGGUGGCCAUUGGGGGCGCUGUUUACUUCAUAGGCGUACUUCUUGUCAUCUACUGGCUGGUCUUUUACUACUUUGGAGGGGCCGAAAGUCCAUUCAUUGAAUUUUAAUAGGAACUGAGUCUGUACCGCUGAUCUCCAUGUGAAAAUGCUUAUGGAUAGCUGGUCGGUCAUUCCGAGCCGUACAAAAAAGGGAAGCUAUACACUGGUUCCCGAUCCCUCCAUUCGAAUGCGGGGAGGGAACCAGUCUAGACCACUCCCAUUGUUCAAAAUCAUUAAAAUAGAGUCGUAUUGAGGUAUACGAAAAAACUUCUAAACAGAAAUUUCAAUAAAUAAAUAUUGUGUUGCCAUUUCUAUUUAUAAUUUUGAUUUGGAUAACAAUUUCUGGAGUAAAAUGUGUAAAUGUUAAAUCUAUUGAAAGUUUUCUUUACAAAUCUAUUUUCUUGGUGUAGUAAUAUGGCGGACGGUGACUUCACUUUAAUGCAUCCAAAAUGGGCUGUCCAGCCUUUUAUACGGAGAUCAGUGGUCUACACGACCCAUUCUAACAACGAGCACUUUUCGAUCCAUUAAGCCCCGCCCUUGAUGUUUUUGACCAAUCACAGCCGUGAUUAAUGUCCGAUACGCGUUUACAUGCAAAGGACGCGCGCGUAUGGAGCACACAGUGCGGCAUUGGUGGAGAGAGCGAUGUGCGCGUAUGCGCAGUGGGCGGGGCCCAGUGGAUCGGUCCAAUGAAUGGACAUUCUUUGUAUGUCAAACAGAUGUUUUGUCACGCUUUCGUCAUUACAUUCUGUAAUAUUUAC